UUUCGUCGUCGACCAGCCGUUGAUUCAGAGACUUUUCAGCCUCUCGAUUCCUUGCGAGAAGCGUCUACUCUGGACAUCAAGCACAAUUAUGAGAACACGGGACUAUCCUCCACUCGUGCAUCUCAAGGUGUGUUGGCAUACGGUCACAAUUGUUUACUCUCUCAUCUUCCUUGCUUGCACACACGCACCAUCUGGCAACAGGUCAAGAGGCACUCGGCAGGCCAGUUUGAAUGGCUAUUGACCCAUCUGCCGUCUCCGAAUUCUACCAUCCACGACAGCUCCUCUGAAGAGUACGAAGCUGAGCACGGAGUUGACGGCAAAGCCUACGUCUGCAAUCUAGUGCUGCAGAAGAAGCGGGAGCCACAUAGCGACAGCGAGUGCCCGCUCAAUUCAUAUUAUUUACUGGCCACGCCACUGCAAUACAGCGCCAACUGGACCGUGGAAAUGCAGGAGCCUCGGAUUGCCGGCGAUGACGAUUCCGUCACCUGGAUGGACCACAGCCGUCCAGUAACGCCGCCAAUGAAGGUUCCUGAGAUUGUUCUUGCCGUUGAAAAUGCAGUGUCGCCAGCGUUUACUGCGGUGAGCGACAGGAGCUUUGGCGACAGCUCGUCACGAGCCACAUCAUUCUCGCUACCGCGGAUUGAAGACUCGCUGGAGGAGCUGGAUCGGCUCGAGGACCAGAUAGAGGCAGUCAACGAGUUUACACAAUCUCAGCAACUGGCUCUGCUGACAAGACAGCAACAGCCAAAGCUUCCAUCUCAUCCAACUCCAGAAGAGGCAAUGAGAGCAUUCAAAAGAUCGACGGUGUCGGGUGCGCCGGCCACGGUUCGUUCUAAGCCUGCCGAGAAGGUUAGCGUACCGCCGCGUCGAUCUGCGUCUCUGACUAUUCGGGAGAAGAGUCCCGAGGAGCCUGCCAAAGGAUCCUCGAACCGUCGGUCCGGUCUUGGUGUAUUCAUGUCUAAGGCCGGGAACACCCUGGCCACGGUGGCUAAAUCUUCAGUUCGCUCAUCAAAAACGCCUACUAUUCCCAAUUUUGAGCUGCCAGGUAAGGCUGUGGCUCGACGACUGAGAGAAGUCCGCGAAACCCGCGAAGCACAUCAUGCGGCGGCUCUCAAGGCGUUGGAGGCCCCCCCAAAGCCCAAAUGCAACAAGGCCUUGCCCAAGCCUACCUUUGAGCUGCCUGGAGAUACCAUUUCUCGGCGCAAGAGGGAGGAAAGCGAGGCCAAGCUGCGGGCCCAAGAAGAAGAGCAGCGCAAGAGGCGCGAGUUCAAGGCACGACCUGCAAGGCCAAACUCGACGCCCAGCACCGUUCCCCGGGACACAGUGGCAAGCCGGGCUCGGCAGGCCAAGAUUCAGGAGGAAAACGCGGAGAGGCAAGCUGCCUUGUCUAACAAGGUCAAGCGACUGUCGCUGGGUCUCGUGCGCGAUGAGCCUAUGACGCCCACCCUGAGCAAGGCAGACAAGCAGCGCGUGCGUGGUUCCAUGAUUGCAGUCGCAGAGUCUAUCAACCGGUCGAUACUCUCAUCUAUGGUCAACGCCACUAAGAGUAAGAAUCCGCUGUCCAUUGAAAACAUGAUGACGCGCCUGCGAUCCAAGAGCAAGGAGAUUCUGGCCCACGACUCUGCAAGCAUCAUGGAGAAGAAGAGCCACGAGAAGAGUGAGAGGCCGAUGACUGCCAAGGCUGCCCGAGACGAGGCUGCUGAGCGCUCUAGAAUAGCGAGUCGAGAGUGGGCAGAGAGGAAGCGUCGUAAGGAGGCGACGUCUCUGAAGCAGAUC